AUGUUGGUAAUUAGCUCGGAAAAAGUGACGGAAAAGGAGAUGAAUGCGCUCUGUUCGAAAGCUGUAUACAUGGAAAUCUGUAUUGAAAUUACACGGUCUUCGUUCAAGGAAUUGCGUUGUCCACAUUUGAGGGAGCUUCGCCCAUGUCAACUAGGACGCCCUGCCAUUAAGAUUGUAAACAACAUGAACUUCGAACUUCUUCAAAUCCCACCAACCGUCAUUUAUAAAAGGAACACUCGUAUACUGGAGAUUAGCGAAGACCCACGAAUGCCUACCGCCCUUAUCAAUCGCUACAAGAAGUUCUGCAAGCAGUGCAAAAUCACAGCAAACUUGGGGUGCGGACUUACAAAAAGGACAUACUCUGACGCCGAAAUGGUAGCAGCAUGUGCAGGAAAGACCAUCAUCAAACCUGCGGAGGGCUAUAUGCUUGUGAUGUCAAGUGAUACAAUUUCGGAGGCCGAGAUGAACGCUGUUUGCUCGAAGGCAGUCUAUAUGGAGAUUUGCAUAACUAUAAAAGCGUCGCAGUUUAGAUCUCUGAAAUGUCCACAUCUUAGGCAGCUGAAAUCUUGCAAACCUGGUGUUCCUGCUAUUAGAAUCAUUGGCAAUCCCAAUAUGAGCACCAUUUCCAUAUCGAAGACCUUGAUCUACCAUAGAGGAACCAGGAUGCUCGAAAUCCGCGGAAAUCCAAAAGUGUCAGCAAAGUCGCUCGAAACUCUCAGGAGACUUUGUCCGGAAUGCGUCAUCAGAGCAAAAGCAUAA